CUUCUAUUCCAUAGGUUUUACUGGAUUCAUAAUAUCAUAUAAAUAUUUUGAAGAUAAAAUUGAUAAAAGUAAAACCAUUAUUUGACAAAAUUGCUUGUAAUAACAAUCUUUCUCUGUAGUUAUUUAAAAUUUCUUAAGAUUACCACGGGCUACUGACUAGGGACGGAACUUUUCGUAGGCAACAUGGCGGCCUCCAGGGAAUGUGAUUUGGGUAAACGAAUGAAGACACAUAUCUAAAUAUUAGAAUUAGAGCACCUUCUGUCAUAGAGAUUUCUUUUCUUGUUGUCUAGAAAAUGAUGUUUACAACGUGUCGAUAUGCAAAGGCACUACAGCUCACCCUGGCUGUAAUCAAACCAGAUGCAAUGGCUCAUCCUUUGAUACUUGAGGCCCUUCAUCAAAAAAUCCUUGAGAACCACUUCAUUAUCAUCAAGUCAAAAGAUCUAGUUUGGCGAAGAGAGGACUCUCAAAGAUUUUAUGCUGAACAUGCAGGAAGAUUCUUCUACCAAAGGCUGGUUGAAUUUAUGUCAAGUGGCCCAAUGCGGGCUUAUAUCUUGGCCAGAGAAAAUGCAAUUUCUCAGUGGAGGGAGCUGAUGGGACCCACUAAAGUUUUUAGAGCUCGAUAUACAGCACCUACAUCCAUUCGGGGUGUGUAUGGACUGACAGAUACCAGGAAUACUACACAUGGCUCAGAUUCUGCGCAGUCUGCCAGCAGAGAGAUAGCUUUUUUCUUCCCAGAGUUCAAUAUGAAGGAAUGGACUGAGAAGGAGGAGCCAUUGGUCAGGGCUGGACAUGUAGUUUAUGAUAAGGAGAAACAGAUUCAUGUUCUCAAAAAAGAGGUUUGAUAUUAGAAAGGUCAAUUUACCAACAGACUGCAAAUUGCUGUGCAAAAAUGUGUUGAUAUAUCUGUCUAUGAACUGUAUUUUUUUAAGUAUUGAUUUUUGUAGCAAUGUAAAAUUAAUAUUGCACAUCUGCAGAAUUGUAAAUAGUAAGGACAUGGUCUAGCUAGAAGACUGACUAACUGAAUGCAAGCAAGCAUUCAGUUAACUCUUUCAUUAUUUCUGCUUAAUCCCUGCUUUUCUACUUUAAACACAUCUGCGUGUGUGAUAAUGAAUUUCUUGGCUUGGAUUAAUUCAUUAUUAGGCUAGUGUUUAGCAAAAGUGUUUUCCUACAUUACAUUUGUAAUGCUCAUUUUUAUAUAUGUGUUUAUUAUGGUAAAGGCACCAAUUGUCAUACGUACUCAUGUAUUAUUCUGUCUUUUUGCAAACUGUUCAUAAACAGCAAGAAACAAGCCUUGUAAAAUCAUAAUUAUCCUUUUGAAUUUUUUCUCUUCUCUUCUGAUCUGUUCAGUUUGAAAUUGAAUUGGAAGAAUUAAUUUAUGAAAGAUUUAUAUAGGUGCCUUUAAUAUUGUGCUCCAAGGUAUGAAUGAGAAAAUACGUUUAUUUACCCUGUUUAUACAAGCAGGAUUUGUUUUUAUUUCAAAGGGAGUAUCUGGUGAUGUUAUUUUACAGUAUGUACUAUUAAGAUGCCUUGAAAUCUUGGGAAUAUUUUCUAAUAAUGGCUGCUUGAUAUAAAAUGUUUAAAUAAAAUAUUUAAAGGUAA